AUGGAGGAUUAUUCCAGUGCAAAAUUAAAAGCCUAUGUUGAAGUUAGAGGUGGAGUAGUAAGUUUGGAUCUAAGUGGAAAAGGACUCUCCAGAAUACCUGAUGCAGUCACUGAACUGACUGAAGUGGAGGAACUUAGCCUGUAUAACAAUAACCUUACUGAAUUACCAACAAGUAUUAACAAGCUGAAAAAUCUUAUCAGGCUUGAUUUGAUUGAUAACAUACUUAGAGAACUGCCUUCUGAGAUUGUUGACUUAAAGGAGUUGAGGAGGAUGGAUGUGAGGAAAAACCAGUUAGUUAGUUUACCUGCCAGUAUACAGAAGCUGAACCAGCUUGAGGAGCUGCACUUGUAUUUUAACAAACUUACAGAACUGCCAUCUGAGAUUGGUGACUUAAAGGAGCUGAGGAGGCUGUAUGUGAGUUUCAACCAGUUGGUUAGUUUACCUACCUGGAGUAUACAGAAGCUGAACCAGCUUGAGGUGCUGCACUUGUCUGGUAACAAACUUACAGAACUGCCAUCUGAGAUUGGUGACUUAAAGGAGUUGAGGAGGCUGUAUGUGAGUUUCAACCAGUUGGUUAGUUUACCCACCAGUAUACAGAAGCUGAACCAGCUUGAGGUGCUGCACGUGUCUGGUAACAAACUUACAGAACUGCCAUCUGAGAUUGGUGACUUAAAGGAGCUGAGGAGUCUGAAUGUGAGUUACAUCCAGUUGGUUAGUUUACCCACCAGUAUACAGAAACUGAACCAGCUUGAGGAGCUGCACUUGGAGGGUAACAAACUUACAGAACUGCCAUCUGAGAUUGGUGACUUGAAGGAGCUGAGGAGUCUGAAUUUGAGUAACAACCAGUUGGUUAGUUUACCUACCAGUAUACAGAAGCUGAACCAGCUUAAAAAGCUGCACUUGGAGGGUAACAAACUUACAGAACUGCCAUCUGAGAUUGGUGACUUAAAGGAGCUGAGGAGUCUGCAUGUGAGUUACAACCAGUUAGUUAGUUUACCUGUCAGUAUACAGAAGCUGAACCAGCUUGAGGGGCUGCACUUGGAGGGUAACAAACUUACAGAACUGCCGUCUGAGAUUGGUGACUUAAAGGAGCUGAGGAGGCUGUAUGUGAGUGGUAAUCCUUUAUCUAUGGAUGCAAUACAUGUUCCAGAGAUGAAGAAAAAGGGAAUGACCCAUUCGGAUAUUACAGGUGGGUGUGGGAAUAAUUUUCAAUGAAUUUGUCAUCAAUAAGACAGUUUUUAGAAUGGUACUUUUGUUGUUAUAGAUGUGAAAUAUGUCAAUUUAAAAAAAGUGCCAUUAUUUUUUUCCUUCAGGUUUUAAUAAGGCUCGAGCAAAAUUAGGAAUGGCCAACUAAACCUUCCUUCAUACUUUGUGUAGUUAGUUGUCAUGUUAAUAGUUUCAGAUGAAACUCACUCACUGUGGUAUUUUUUUGACUGCUAAUAUCAACCUGCCCCCGCCCCCCUUCCGCCCACUAAUGACUUCUGUUUAUUGUCAUUUACAAGAGGAAGGGAAAAUGUUUUUUGAAAAGGCUAACGAAAACGUUUCUGAAGGAAUUUUUUUUUCUUUGGAAGUUUUUUGUGACAGGAUGUAAAUAUUUUACCCGACACCUUUUUGAAAUGGCAAGCAAAUUAAAAUGUAUACUUGAGGAAAGAUAGUGUUUUUUUUAAUUAUUUUUCGCCUUUAACUUUCUUUGGAUGUCAUUGGGGCGAUAUCAAGUGAGAGCCCAUUAAUAAUUUGUAUUUUGUUUUAAGUUUUACAGUCAGUUAUCGAGUAGAAUAACGGUUAUUGGUUUUCAGAAACAGGUCUCGCGUGGUUAGCGGUUAAUUUACGCAAAUAACUGUCCCCAGAUAACUUAGCAAGAUCUAAUAUGUUUUCCAGCAAAAAACUGCCUCGAAUUGACUAUUUAGCAAUAAUUGCAUGAGGUUGAGUAUUAUGUGAAAAUAUUAUGCAGAUCGAGGAGUAUUUUAGGUGGAUAACCUCCUCCGAUAUCUGUAUUAUUCUUCAUAUCAUAUGAAAGCCGAAUUCAGUAAUUGUUAAUAUUAUUCAUUCAAAAUAUAUCUAAGUUCUUAGCAAAUUUUUCCUCCUCCCAGACUUUCUUCUAAACUUAGGUCUAUUUCUUGGCACGGUUUCAGGAUAUUAAUAGAUGUUUUCUUGCAGAUACUCCUCAAAACAUAGAAAACGUCCAUUGAGCAAUAUGCUUUGCGUAAUCUUGAAUUUCUUCCGUUCAGUUUUAGUCAGAAAUUCAGUUAUUUCGUCUUCGGAUAGUCGUGAACGCCAUUUUUUAGUUCACUCGUGAAUAAGCAGCUACUGUAGGUACUCUGGGUACAGAGGUUUCUCUCACACGGGAGACACGGGGGGGACACGGGGGGGGACACGUCUUUUGCCGAUGCGCGAAGGGUCACUAGAAAGACUUGACAGAAACCGCAAAACCGCGCAUGCAAAGUCUCUUGCAUCCUGUCCAGGCGGCUUAAGAGCCAUUAUCUGAGAAAAUCGAGAAUCACACGACACUCGUCAAAAAAUCGAUUUUUUUUUAUUUUGCCAAAACAUCCCUUUUAGUGACCUUAUUAAAGGAAAAAUAGUUUUGGGUUCAAACGAUUCAUUUUAAAGGAGAAAUUAGGAAAAGUUUGAAAAAUCGAUUUUAUGCUCGUUUUUCGCACAAAACACGGCAGGAUGCAAUGGCAACUUCGAGAGAAGGGUGAACGCGUAAGAAACAUUCCCUGACAUUGAAACUUCACCGAAUUAUUAUUUUGUUCUUACUCUUGAAAAUCCUAAAAGAAAAUUUGAUAAACAAUGCUUUACAUUUUUAUAAUCGACAAGUGUAAAGAGGUCAUAUUUGUGACGUUAGACGUGCUAGAAAAUGAAGGCCAACUUUGACUAUUAAAAAAGGCCUCUGGUAUAUGCCGCUUGAUCAUAAAAUCAAUAUAAAAUGGAACCUUGGCUUUUGUACUAACUUACUGGAAAGUUUUAGCUCUGGAAAUCAAAUAUCAUCCUGACACCAAAGCAAGCGGUGAGAGCAAUUGAAUUGGGAAAUUUAUGCAAAUUAGACGGCUUGCGGACGGUUGUCAAACUAAAAGAAAGGUUUUACAUGAAAGGAUUACUCACCAUUGCUUGUAACACGUUUUUACGGCAAGGAAAGUUAUUUCCAACUUCUUUUGCGUCGUUUUGAGUCACAAAAUAUAUAAUUUUUAGCCAAAAGACAAACGUACGUUUGCUCAGCAACUGCGUCCGAAUCCGGCCGUGAAUCGAAAUAAAGUCACAACACGUCGAAGCAAGAGUUACAAGAGUUUUUACUUCAGUCAGGAGGCAAAAGGAAUAAAAAUUCAUCGCAAACUAAUGACUUCGAUUUUGAAAACCUUUCAUCACUUCAAUCGUUCGUCGGCUGAUAAUAAACAUCGCAUAAGAUCGUAUGACCUUUGGUGUGACCGGAAAUUGGUCACACGCUUUAGUCACGUCAUCAUGCUGUCACGAAAUUUUCGUAGCUGUUGUCAGCAAUUUUAAUACAGUUUUCACAUUUUUUGACAAGAAAUCCUCUCAUCGCAGUAGAAACAGCCAUGCAUAUUUAUUUUUCUUUUAUUUACCUACUAGGCUUUGAAACAGCUUUUUUGCCUUCGAAGUACUAAACAGGAGGGGUACCUCGGAUUCCAAGUGUCGUGAGUGAUCCGUGGAAGCGAAAAUUAAGACCAAAAAAGAACGAAUAUUUUGAAUACUUAAGUAAAGCCACAGCUAAAAAAAAAAAAUUGUUCAAAAUAUUUUCAAACUAAGAAAAAAACAUACUUCGAUCAUCCCCGUGACUUGGAAUCUGGCCAGAGUACCCCCUCCCCCUCCCCUCCUCCCCUAUGCCGGGUCAAAAUACUAAGUUCCCCCGGCCCAAUGUCCCAUAGUCAAGGGAGUAUACUCUCUUGCUGUAGUAAAGAACUUGCAGAAUAAUACCAAUUCUCCGUGGCCAACGGAUUCAACGCUACAGUUUACUUUUGGUUUUGCUUGUUGAUUUUUUCGCUAUUUGCUCACGAUCAGGAGCCUAUAACCCCAACCACGACCAAAUUAUGAAACCUGUUAUUACCAGAAAAAAAAAACACAAAGAAACAGUCAGUCAGAUAGACAGUACAUAAUUAAAAAGACCUCGACUAAGAUUAAAAAAAAUCAAUACAUGACACUGUCGAAUGCGAAAACCCAGAAACCAUUUUGUGGAAAAAAGGUUCGCAUACAGCUAUCAGCUGCUUUUGUCCACAACUCGCCGGUAGAGGUGCGCGGAAACUAGUGAUUGUGAAAUGGCUUCAAACUAUGAUCCUAUACUGUUGGAAUAUUACUUAUCACAGAAAGCUACACCUGAUUUCUUCUAGCAGACCCAAUCCUCUUGGUUCGUGUGGACAAAGUAGCUCAUCCCGGCUAUUUGCACCAUGCUACCAUAGUCUCCCUAGAUUCCCAAGCCUCGCAAGCAGACCUUCCUGUCCCACGAACGUUGGGUAGGAUUGUAGGACGAGCCAAAAGAAAGUGAAGGCUAUAGGCUCUCGCGAUGAUGCAAGGAAGGUCGAGUAUUAUAUUCCCCUAUCCUGGUCGCCCAGGGUAAGUCUGCGGAGGAGAGUGACUGAGGGGCUGUAUGUUCGAAAAGUUGACUAACGCCCCCGGGACUAACGCUUUCACCCUGCUUCUUCUUAUUCGCUUGAUAGUGAUUUCCUGUUGUUAAACGUUUGAACAACAGGGCCCUAAGUAUUGUGUUUCGUCUUGCACUAAAAACCCAUAAACCUUAUAAAUUUCACUAUGGGACUUCAACACCUCCCUUGAAUGAUCCAUUUCGCUAAACGGGACCUCAAAACAACGAUUCUGUGUAUCCUAAGGGAGUGUAUACUAUACUUUCCUGGCUCUCGUCACUCACAGUGAGGUGAUGGUGGCUUACACAGUCCAACCUCCAUGUGCGACUGCCAAUCCAAAAGACCAAAUUUUCCCAGUCAAAGCCUUACAGUUGGAACUUCCAGUAAACGACCACCUUCUGUAAGUGACUGCGACCACUUUUUGGGCGUCACGGUUAAUUGUUUUCCAUAAGCGACCAGUUGACGCAUUCUCUGCUCUCUAUUUUUGCUGUGUGCACUAUGUUCCUUAGAAAAUAUGAAGACCUUUAGCGACAUCGUGGAACUACACAUAUCCUAACUUAGUAGAUGUAGCCAACAAAGUGAAGAUUAUGUUGUGAUUCUAGACUAUUCUAUAUCUCACUCACCUGAAUCCCUCUUUAAAUUGAGCAUGAUUUAAAAGCUGUAUUUGUCAAAAGAGGUAAAAGAUAAUAUUUUGCCAGGAAUUUGUUACACCGCCAUUUAAUAGAAUGUGCCUGGACCUCUUCUCGGAAUAGACCCCAUGUGGUCCGAUUCUUCUAAACGACCACCUCCCGUUAGGGACCACUAAGUCUUUGCAUUUUUGGUGGUCGCUUACUGGAGGUACGACUGUAUUACUUUGACCUAUCAGAGGCUUACCGAUAAUAAAGGGGAUCUGGAAGGGGGCAUGGAUGCGACAAUCACAUGCAGGUCGCUUACUUAAAAUAGUAGACAUCUAACUGACAAUCAAAGUUUGUGCUUAUUAUUGGGGUUAUCUGGUGUUUACUCACCUCCCAAGCUACCCUGGGCGAGCCAACUUUUCCUCCAUUUCCUUACAAAACUUGGUAAACCAUUUACAUGAGAAACAAAAGGUUGGUUCGGAUAGACGCCUUACUACCAGUAGUGGGCGGAGUUGAGGGCUUCCGGAAGUCAGCCCUCCACUGAGCCGGUAGUGGUGGCCUCACCCUUCCAGCCCGGCUAAUAUUUCUCCACUUUGGCUCGCCCAGCUACAAUCGGCGACAAAAUGAGUUGAGACACUUCGCCCAAAAGUAGGCUUUUUUACGUUUUAUGAACUUCAAAAGGAGGAAAUAUAGCUUUCCUCCCCCAUCCCCUCCGUACAAUGUUGUGCCCUUGUUCUAGCUACCUAUAGAAAACAACAAACACCCCAACUUUGAAUGGAGGGGACAGGGGAGGGUGCGGAUUCGUUUGUUCUCCGAAGUCACCCUAUUUGUCUCAACAAUUUUGUCGCCGAUUGUAGUUGGGACAACACGGUCAAGGCUAGACAAAGACAGCAUGCGCAAGCACUGUUGACUCGGACAAAGUGGUCAGUUUUUUCCUCAUAUAAACGCUCGCAAAAGUUGGCUCGGCUGGGAGGUUGACCUUCUCUCCGGCACAGCUUUUCUCCAUCCAUGGGUUCCAAACAGUCUUUUAGCAGUCACGUUUGAAAUUUAUAGGAAAAUGAUGUAGCACUUCAAAAAAUAAUAAUAAUAAAAAUACACUUUUUUCACAGCCUGUCAAUGCCUAGAAGGUGUCUAUAAAAGAAAUCAACUGCAGAACAGGAGUCAAUUUCAGUUUUUUGCGCUUUUCACGCUAGCACUGCGAAGCGGACUGGGGGCGCGAGACACGCGCGAUGCAUGGGGAACAAGUUCUGCAGGCUAUAAAAGAAAUUAAAAAAUAAAUAAAUAAAUAAAGCAGGCCUGAUUUUAUUUCGAUGAGUCUAUUUUUUGUCGAAAGCAAACGUGAAAAAUCGUAUUAAAAUUCGUGACAGUAUGCUAACGUGACUUGAGGGUGUGACCGAUUUCCGGUCACACGCCAAAGGUCAUACGAUCUUGUGUGAUGUUUAUUAUCAGCCGGCGAACGAUUGAAGUGAUGAAAGGUUUUCAAAAUCGAAGUCAUUAGUUUGCGAUGAAUUUUCAAUCUUUUGGCCUCCUGACUGAAGUAAAAACUCUUGCAACUCUUGCUUCUAAAGGACCGCAGUGACGUGUUGCAGGACGUAACAUGUCGAUAAUUCCGAUAGUCGAUAAAAAUCGAUCGUUGUCGAUAAAAGUUGAUACUAAUUAAUCGACAAAUAUCGGAAAUCGAUAAAAGUCGAUCACGAAAUUUCUUGUGAUUGUCGAUUUUGAUCGACUUUUGGUGUUAGAGUUCGAUUUCAAUCGACUUUUAUCGAAAAGUAUCAAAAGAUAAAAAACGAUCAUAUGUAGAGCUAUGUAUGUAUGCUUCAAUGUUUUAUUUUGCACUGUCACUAGAGCUGAGUAGAGAGCUACAAGAAAGGGAAUUUAUUAUUCUUAAAAAAGGGUUGAGUUUGAUCGUCCGAGUGAACGUAGUCUUGAAUAGGACUGUUGUUGUUGACAGUGACUGACGUUUCGACAACCUGUGCGGUGGUCAUCUUCAGAGUCAAAGUGAGUUGUAUCACGUCAGUUGAUGGUAUUAUACUCUGGUUAUUGAUCUGAUUGGUCAAUUAUGUCGCGAUGUAGUAGCCUCUGUUAUCUUCCCAGUAAAAACUCCAAUAUUAAACAACUCACCCCAACUCAUCACUGAAAUUAUUUAGAGGUCGAACAGAAAAGUACCGGCAGAUGUACUCCAUUACUUUUGCUCCUCGUCAUCACGCUGCACUCUUUCCGAAACCCUUCACUUAUCAACGCAAUAAAGUAAUUGGUAACAAAACAUACAAAAUUUCUUCAGCUCUGUUUAUGUGUAUCAGAACGUACACUUUCGAGUUGUAAGCUAAACAAAUAUACAGUGUUGCAAAGUCACUACUUGACUAUCCAAUUAUCAACAACCAAAGGAGAAAAGCAAAGCAGGGCCUGUACAAGCCUGGACAAUACAGUGGUGGAUCCAGCGAACAACAAUAACCGGCAGUAACUGAAUAAGAGUUAAUUACAUCUGAGUACUUUGUCUGCAUUUGUUCUUUAUAUAUCGUAGCAUUUUCACCAUCUCAGGGCCCUUUCAAAGAUAUAUACAUAAGGUGUGUACCGGUGCUGACCAAAACAAUCGCGGCGGAGGACCGGAAAAAAUUGCGAAGCGACAGAAGCGAUAUUGAAAGGCAGGUACAAAAGUCGGACCGGAUCAACUCGGACUGCCAGUCCGGGUCGGAUCAACUCGGAUCGACUCGGACCAACUCGGAUCGAAUAAAAAAAUAAAAAUAAAAUAAAAUUGGACUCGGAUCAACUCAGAUCAUUAAAAAAAAACAACAACUCGGAUUAUAAAAAGAAACAUAAAAUCAGUCGGUAUCACUUAACUUUCACCCGCCAUUUUGUUUUUUUUCUCACGAACUCGUGGUUGCGUAAAUUAAUUUUAUUUUUAUUAAGUUUAAUGAUACACUAGUGAGCAGCACACAUAAAUUUCCAGUAAACAAAAAAUUUCCACUUGGAAGGAGGAGAAACCAUGCUCGCCCGGGACAAAGGAAAUUUCCAUGCCCCGGGUAAGAAUCGAACUCGCGACCAUCCCCGUUCAGUGGUUGGAAAGUUCGAUUAACAUGUGGUAUUCGGAGGGUCGUGAGUUCAAUUCUCGCCAAGGGUACGAAAAUUUUCGUUGUCUCGGGCAAGCAUGAUUUCUCCUCCUUCCAAGUUAAAAAUGUUCACUGGAAGUGUAUGUGUGCUGCUCACUAGUGCAUCCUUAAAAUUAAUAAAAAUUAAAAUAAAAUUAAUUUAUGCAACCACGAGUUCGUGAGAAAAAAACAAAAUGGCGGGUGAAAGUUAAUUGAUACCGACUGAUUUUAUUUUUCUUUUUAUAGUCCGAGUUGUUGUUGUUUUUUUUUUUUCAUAAACCGAGUUGUCUUUUUUUUUAUGAUCCGAGAAAGAUCCGAGUCCAAUUUUAUUUUAUCUUUAUUUUUUUAUUCGAUCCGAGUUAGUCCGAGUCGAUCCGAGUUGAUCCGACCCGGACUGGCGGUCCGAGUUGAUCCGGUCCGACUUUUGUACCUGCCUGAUAUUGAACGCAAGUGGUGCAAACCAAGGCGCAUUUCUUCAGAUUUCUUGAGGUAAACAUUCGGUUCCGGAUUGAACAAGAUAACAUCUGCUUUUUUCAGGUUUUAAUGCAACUUUAUUCAGCUUUAUUGCCAUUAUCAGCGCCGUACAACGUUUUACACUCACGAUGCUUAUACAAAGUAUCUCUGUUCCCUUGACAUGUUGUUGUCGAUAGAAAUCGAUAAAAGUCGAUACAAAUCGAUAGCCAGCCCUGAGAACUUUGUGAUUAUCGACUUUUAUCGACAAAUUAAACUAAUCAAUCGACAAUUAUCGACAAUUAUCGAGCACUAUCGACUUAUCGACUAGCUUUUCGAUGAUCGAUUUCGAUCGACAUGUUACGUCCUGCGUGUUGUGACUUUCUUUCGAUUCACGGCCGGAUUCUGGCGCAGUCGCUGAGCAAACGUGCGUUUGUCUUUUGGACCUUUUGGCUUAAAAUUAUGGAUUUUGUGACUCAAACCGACGCAACAGAAGUUGGAAAUAACUUUCCUUUCCGUAAAAACGUGUUACAAGCAAUGGUGAGUAAUCCUUUCAUGUAAAACCUUUCUUUUAGUUUGACAACCGUCCGCAAGCCGUCUAAUUUGCAUAAAUUUCCCAAUUCAAUUGCUCUCACCGCUUGCUUUGGUGUCAGGAUGAUAUUUGAUUUCCAGAGCUAAAACUUUCCAGUAAGUUAGUACAAAAGCCAAGGUUCCAUUUUAUAUUGAUUUUAUGAUCAAGCGGCAUAUACCAGAGGCCUUUUUUAAUAGUCAAAGUUGGCCUUCGUUUUCUAGCAUGUCUAACGUCACAAAUAUGACCUCUUUAGACUUGUCGAUUAUAAAAAUAUAAGACAUUGUUUUUCAAUUUUUCUUCUAAGGUUUUCAAGAGUAAGAACAAAAUAAUAAUUCGGUGAAGUUUCAGUGUCAGGGAAUGUUUCUUACGCGUUCACCCUUCUCUCGAAGUUGCCAUUGCAUCCUGCCGUGUUUUGUUCGAAAAACAGGAAUAAAAUCGAUUUUUUAAACUUUUUUUAAUUUCUCCUUUAAAAUGAAUCGUUUGAACCCAAAACUAUUUUUCCCUAAAUUAGGUCACUAAAAGGGAUGUUUUGGCAAAAUAAUAAAAAAUUCGAUUUUUUGACGAGUGUCUUGCGAUUCUCGAUUUUCUCAGAAAAUGGCUCUUAAGUGGAUAAAUCUAUGGGGAGGUUAGUCACCUUCGCAGCCGUUAUUAGGGUUGUCACGCAACGCUCCUCCCCGCUAACGGCUGCGAAGGAGACUACGGGGAGGUAAGAUUAUUAAGAAUUUAAGACGGAAUCCAUCAGGAAAUUGAGUAAUUUUAAUUUUCAGUGGACAAAAACAUUGUACCAGAAUCAUUUAAAGAAUUUUGCAUUCUUUUUCACAUUUUUCAAGGGCUAAAGAUGUAAUAAAUCAUCUGUGGUAACACCAAAGAAAAUUUCUCAUGGAAGUCCGAGAAAACGAAUGUCAAAUUUCACAAGAAUUGUGAUUACACAGGUGAAAUUCUGAAAAUUUCAUGUGUAAGAUGUAAUUUUGUAAAAUUUGACAUUCGUUUUCUCGGGUUCCGAUAGGAAUUUUUUUUGGUGUUACUUCAGAUGUUUUAUUACAUCUUUAGCCCUUGAAAAUGUAAGAAAGAAUGCAUUUAAUAUGCUUUAAAUUAUUCUGGUACAAGAUUUUUGUCCAUUGAAAACCAAAAUUACUCAAUGUCCUUGUGGAUUUCGUCUUAAAAAUAGUUUGAAUGACUAAAAGGUCAUUAUUGAAUAAGACUGAGUAUCAUGUGAAGAGUUAUGCAGAUCUCGGCGGCUGUUAUCAUUCCACUGAUAACAUCCUCCUCGAACUGCAUAAUGAUUUAUAUCAUUCAAUGUUAAAUAUUCCACAGCGCUUUCGUAGGUUACGAGAUUUCAGUUAGCCAACGAAACGCGGGAUAUGCGAACGUUCUGUUUCAUUUCUCAGGGACUGCCCAUACCUCUUGGGAUCCACUGCAUGGUAACCGGCCCAAAAUGGUGUUCCGUUCACGCCGUAAGUACCCGAUAUGCAACUGUGUACAUAGUUACUCCAUUUCUCCCUGUCAGACGCCAUUUUUUGAAAGCAUGCGCUUUGCAACGAUUUCAAAGCCUUGGAUGGCCACAGAACUAACAAAAACGGUGUGCACACAGGGGCCCGGCGCCCACUUUCAUGCCCGAGCCUUGUACUCGGGCACCGGCAGCACCAUGUCCGAAUUCUAGCGUGGGUGUGCUUGGAAAAAGGGUGUGUUCACAUUAGUGCCCAGCGAGUACCGUACUUGGGCACCAAGUGUGAAGGCUGCAUUACUUUUCCGCGUACAACAAAGGAAAUAGGACACGUCUGCCGGCACGCAGGCUAUUUGUUCCAUUGAUGUCGAAUUCCGAUUUUAAUAAAACAGAACAGUUUUUUGUGUCGGCAUAAAAACUGAAGCUUUCUGGUAUGCUGUAUGCGUAGACAUACGGACAUAUUCAGGUUUAUCCUAAUUUAUCUUUUCAUUGCAUCUUAUGUUCCGCAAGGA